UUUUUCGGCAAGGGGCCAGCCACUGCCACGUGUCCAUCCCUGAUUCUUUUCUUCGUCCAAUUAAUUUCCAUUUGCCACCCGUCCUUCAAAACUCAAUUUCACCCCACAUCGAAACCAUCUUUUUUUUUUCUGAUCACCUGAACACAGCAAGCAAACCCUAGAAAUCGCAUCUGAAAUUCCAGAGAAAAAAUCCGCAGUCUCGGCACGAUGAUUCAGCCUCUGUACGCCCUGGUGUUCGGAGAAGUGGCGGUGAUUCUGGUUCUUCUCUUCCGGACGCCGCUGAGAAAGCCGCUUCUGAUUCUACUGGACCGGCUGAAGCAGGGCAGGGGACCGGUGGUCGCCACCACCGCCGGCGGGACCUUGUUUGUGAUAAUGGUGUCCCUAUUGUACAACAUCACCACUAUUCAGAACCGAUCUCUCGAAGCUGGCGGCGUUAAUCCGACGGACCAGGUUCUCUUGGCCAAUCAGCUUCUGGAAGCUUCUCUUUUGGGUUUUGCUCUGUUCUUGGCUUUGAUGAUCGACAGAAUCCAUUACUACAUCAGAGAGGUUCGCAUGCUGAGGAAGCAUAUGGAAGCUAUAAAGAAGUCGGAUCAAGAGUCGGAGGAAUUGAAGAUCAAGGACAAGGGUAAGAACAAAGUUGUUGAGGAUGAUGACUAAAUUUAACACUAAGCUUGAUAAGGAAUACACUGGAGAACGAGGUCAAUAAAUCGGCAUUUUUAUUUGUAUUGAUCAGGAAUGUUGGUGGGAAGACAACUAAUUUGGGGGGAAUUUUAUUUCGUUUUAAUUAUUAUGACAAUGACGAUUUGCUGAUUUUUUUGUGCGUGCCUAAAUUCUUUUGAUUGCAUA